AUGGUAUUCAAAUUCUUCACUAUCUUGUCCCUCAUUGCUGUCGCCAGUGCUGGUGGUUUACCUUUGGUCCAAGAUCAUCAUCAUCAGGCCUAUGAACCUCAAGUGUAUCACUCUGUUCCCGCCCAAUACAAAUUUGCCUAUGAUGUUAAUGAUCAUCAAACCGGUGAUAAUCACAGCCAUUCGGAAGAACGUGAUGGUGAUUUGGUCCAUGGUGAAUACUCACUGAUUGAUGCCGAUGGUUUCAGACGUGUAGUCCAAUACACCGUGGAUCCUCAUAGUGGAUUUAAUGCUGUUGUCAACCGUAUUCCUCUGGAACAUGUGAAGACUGUGGUGAAGCAAGUCGCUCCAGUGGCCUAUGUUGCUCCCACACAAACUUAUGCUAAACAAUAUGCUGUUCCUCAAGCCUAUCAUCAAUAUCAUUAA